AGCUAAAGUGGUACAUCAGGUUAAGAACGGACCUCCAGAACAAAUUAAGUUCUUAACUCGAGGUACCACUGCAUUCCAAUAAUCCAGAGCUGGUUGGGAUGUAGAUUUAAUGGGGGGAAAGGCUGGCUAUCUUAAAACUAGGACUGCUGAGAAACAGAUUUUGGUGAUAUUUUGGACAUGUUCAUCGGUUAAAAGAGUCAUGACAGAUGUUGAAGAAUAUGUUAUAAUAAUUAUAAGAUCAUCAUCUUAUAGAUGUAACUAUGUCCCAUUUAGUUGCAUAGGGCUUACUUCCAGGAAACUGGGUACAGGAUUUCAGCCAGAGUCUGAUGCUUCUUGUUUUCCCUUCCCUUUUUGUUAAUGAUGAAUUAAAAUAUGAAUAUAUUUGUUUGAAAGACUUAAAAAUUCAUUCCUUCUCUCAUUUAAAGGACCCUUUAAACUGCACAUUUAAAGGGACAUGUCCUAGACUAAGAGAGCCAGUGUGUCACACAGUGGGGCUAGAAAGACUCUAGUUCAGCGGUUUCCAAACGGUUACCCGCAAGCUUCAUUCAGGUGGUCCACUGCAUGUCUCUAUUUGUGACUGAAAAUGGAAGACCACACAUCCAUUGUGUUAAAUAUUCAUAAUGAGUUUAAAUUGCAUUUUUAUUGCUUUUAUUGCUUAUUUUAUUACACUACAAUUUGACUUCUGUGGUAUAGAAUAAAUAGAACACUGUACAUAAGAAGUAAAAGAAGCAACGAAAACAGAAUUAAAAACCAUGCAGCAUCUAGCAAAGCGCAUUACAGUUGCUACAGAAAAAUCAUUAAGACCCUCAGCAGUUUUUCAGAGGUCCAGGGGAGAAAAUGUUAGGGAGCCACUUGCCCUGGUUCAAAUUGCUGCUCUCAGCCCUGAAGCUGCCUGGGCGGCUCUAGGCCAGCCACCUUCUUCCUGUACCUAACCUGCUUCAUGGGGCUGUUGCAAAGAUAAAAUGCAAACUGCCUUUAGCUUCUUAGCGGAAAGGUAAGCUAUAAAUAUAAUAAAUAACAUUCCUCAUUAAUACUGCCCUCAUAUCCAAAGAAACUUGUUAACCAAACACUUCCUGAAUGAUAUUUAGACUCGGUACUUCUUGUGUGGUGGGUUGUUUUGCAUUAUGUCGUUUUUGAAGAACUGACACGGGUGCUGUAGAGGUUCUUUUAAAGGCGCUGGGAGCAAUGCCUCUGCAGUAAAGAUCCAGCUACAGGAUGUAUUGCAGGCCUAACCCAAGGGACCACCAAGAGGCUGGCAGCUGCUGUCCCCAUGGUUACAAAACACAAGACCUUGGGAAGGAAGCAACCUCACCCCCGCUGUGCCGUGAUGUCACCAGCAGCCAAUCCUGCCGCUGCAGCUGUUUCAUAACCACAUUCACUGGAAGCAGCGUGACUGGAGCGGCUGCCAAGGAAACAGACAGGGCCUAUGCAUUAGGGGAAGGAGAAUCAAAGUCCACACUGGGAUAGGAAAACACCAGGCUCGGACGCCUGCCUCUCACCACCUGUGAAUUGCAUUUGGGAGGCUUUUGCCAAAGCAAGCAACAUGUUACAGCAGAACAGUUGCUGCAGGAGCAGUUCGGCCGUCAUUCAGGAAGAACCCUCCAGAACUUCGGAAAGGACUGUGAGGAAACCAGGAGGCAGAGAACCACUCUUGCUGGUGUCUGGAGGUCUCCUGCUGUGUGUGGGACUUGUGGCUUCAGGAGUCUUUGACGGUGUUCACACGGAAGUUGGGUACGAGUACUAUGCUGAACCAACUGUGUCAGGAUUGCCUCCCGUACUGGCUAUGCCUGCCAAUUGUUUAGUCAACUUGGCCUACAUCUUUCUGGGCUGGCACUGGCUGCCUUCAGGUGACCAGAGAGGUCAGGCAUGCUACCUCCAGGAGGUCUUUGCCCUUAUGGCGCUUGCAUAUGGGCCUGUACAAUGGGUGCGACUCUGGACACAGCAUCACUGGGCAGCUGUCUUAGAUCAGUGGUUGACAUUGCCAAUUUUUGCUUGGGGUGUGGUCUGGUGUCACUUUCUGGAGCACGGGUGGCAACCAGGCACUUUCCUGGCCAUGGAAGCAGCUUCACUGACGAGCUAUGUUCUGGCAUUGCUUCACCCCCAAGGCUUUGAGCUGGCAUUGAGUGGACAUAUAUUUAUAAUUGUUUGGAGAGCACUGAAGGCGCAGAGGCAUUUGGGCAAUGCCCGGUCGGCUUGGAUCCUGGUGCUAGGAUUGGUCUCUUGCCUGGGCUUUGUAAGCCUCAAGCUGUGGGACCAGGAGCUGGCACAAUGGGCACCUUUCCGCCGGCUUACUGGCCACUUUUGGUCGAAGAUCUGCGAUGUGCUGCAGUUCCAUUUUGCCUUCCUCUUUUUGACCCAGCUGAGCAGGCGCCAGCUCUGGUCUCAGUGAAUUAGUCCACAAUCGUCACAUGCCAAUUUUUUAAAUAAACUUAACAGUCAAAGUACAUAACAUUAGCUAUGGCUGCAAUGGCAGAGGGGUUUUUAAUUGCUGGAUCUGAAAUAAAAAGCUGCAUACAGAAA